UUUGUUAUCAAAGUACCACUGUUUUGGAAUGAUCUUCUGGAUGGCACCAACUGUAAGGUAGCAGUUUGAAUGUUGGUGUUUUACAUUAACUUCCAUUAGUAAAUUAGGAGAAAGUGCCCAGACUGUAAAAGAAAGUUCAAAGUACAAUGUACUCCUGCUAGCUGUGUUGUGCAUUCCUUAGCAAGAUCAAAAAGUCAGUUUUUUUUUUUUCUCACAUUUUCCAUGGGAAUUAACAACAGUUUGAAAGUGUUUACUAAUUGUGGUUACCCUUCACAUUGCAGCUUGUGAUUAGUCGGAAAUCUUGGCGGUAAAUAAUAUACGUGGGAGUAUUCUUAGGGCUCCUGGGUGUACGGGAAUUUGUCGCAAAAAUUAAAUGCGAGACGAUGUUAGUAAUAGUUUAAUGACACUUGGAAUGGUAUGUAUUUAGAAAUAUCUGACUACUGAUUGCAGUUGCAACUUCCCGGAUGGUGGGAUGCGUGGGGGAAGUGACCUACAUCAUUUCUUAUUCCUCCCUGCCCCUUCAAAAACUUUUCAGCAACCCCUUUGAGACAAUAUCUCUGCAUUAAAGAAUGUCAUUGAUAUUUCGUGAAUAUAAUAGCAUUGUACCAGGCUGUCAUUUUAAAGCAGCAAUAUAGGGGAAGUAAGUAAUAACAAUCAAAAGCUUGCAGGUGUCCUGACUAGUGGGAAUCUUCAUCGCCAUGAUUAUGAGAAGAGCGGCUAAUGACACCCGGGAAGUCUGCCGCGCAACCGGUUGGAGAUUUUAUGCGAUCGCAAAUGGCGGGAAAAACGUGUCGUUGUUUUUGCGGACGAGAACGGAUAUAAUCUUUGACACCUACUCCCCUUUUCGGAGCGGUAAUUCGCCAGUUUUCACCGGGUUCUCGGAAAACAGACUUUAGCUGGGUGUCGGCCACGAAUAUGUACGCGGGCGGUGGUGAGGCCAGUAAUGGGUGCUCUGAGUCAUUUCUUUGUCGUUGGUACCGGCUACUGCAGGGCGGGUUCAUUUUAGCCCAUGGGCACAGCAUGAAUUAUAUCAACAGGGUAUCUUCUCGGACAUCGCGAUUGCGGUACCGAACUUAGUUCCGCCAAAAAUAUCACUUAUCCCGCGGCGCAAGUUCGUUUAAAGCCUCGCCUCAUUCCGCCGGCCAGUAGUAAUACAAGUUUACAGCUAAAGCUUCGGAGGUUUUUUUUAAAGUUAGACUGGAUAUAUCGACUUUUCAAAAUUGUUCAACUCGACACACACGAACGCACACUUUUAUUGUGAAGAUAUUCUCGGUGUGGGGUCAUUUUCUAGCCAUUUCUCCGGCGCCGGACAUGCUCUGGUUAUUACGCAACUCCGAGAGUUUAGCACGUUUGCUGCGUCAUUUUUUCAACAAGGCAUUGUCUAGCCUAUACUACGUUCUCAACGUGACUGAACUGGGAGUACACUUGGGGAUUGUUUGAACGUUGUAUUCUAAAAUAAAAGUGGUAGCGUCCGCCUACGCGACAAGGCGAUCGAGCAGCAAAUGCGCAAUAGAUUUACAUCGCUGCCUGCUCGGUAAAAGGAAACGAAGGAGCACAAAAACGUGUUGUUCCUGACAGCGGACAACACAGCAGUAGUGCUGAGAGGCGUCAAAGAGUUCGGCGGAUGACAGAUGUCCGAGCAAGGCGAUUCAUUCGAAAUGGAAUAUGGCUUUCAAUGACAGGAGCGGUACAUGUGCAGGGAUUCGCGUAGCGCAGAAUAUACCUGAUCCGACGCUUUACCGCUUUUUUUGCGAAACCAUGCGGUAUAAAGAGGGUUACUGUAUCUGUUUUAUUUUGAUCUGUUUGUGUUUUAAGGCGGCAAUGACAGCUCGAAACCGACCAACCGGUCCAACAAAAGCUACGCCUUCCUCACCAAGAAUCGUGCAACAAAAGUGUAUUCACCCAAGGUCUGGCAACUAAGCGUGUUUUUUAGCACGCGUUCUCUGAAAAUAUUCUUUAGAUUUAUUCAUAAAACAAUAUUUAUAACACUCUGCAGUGACUACGAAUAACUUUAGUCGUUGAUUUUUAAACCGACUCUUGAUAUUGCACAAAAAAAGCAAAAAUGCCGGUAGGACGCCAAAAUUUUUAGCCAAUGAGCGAUCGUUCCGGUGUCACGUGCCUGCCCCCUAUAUAAAGAGCGGCGUGGUCAGAAAUUUUUUCUCUACCGGACGGGCGUCGUUGUGGUCGUGCGUGUACUUGAAUUGAGUUACCAUGGCUGACGGAGACCAGCAGGGAAACUACGGUGAAGGUGAUUUUUCUGCUGAUGGACAGUACGGUGACUAUAACGACGGUCAGUUUACAGACGGCCAGUAUCAACAGGAAGGCGACGGGAACGGCCAGACAAAUGAAGUCGCUCAAAAUGGCUCCGACUCCAAGACGAACGAAGACGAGAGGAAACUCUUUGUGGGCGGCAUUAGCUGGGACACGGACAACAAGGACCUUCGGGAGUACUUCUCGAAAUUUGGCGUCGUAGUGGACGUCAACAUCAAGACAGAUCCCACAACCGGAAAGUCCAGGGGCUUCGGCUUUGUCACAUUCACUGCUAAGGAAGCAAUCGAGGCUGUACUGAAGGCCACACCACACACAGUGAAGGGCAAGCAGAUCGACCCCAAACCUGCCAAGGCCCGCCCUGGCAUCAAGAAGAUCUUCGUUGGAGGCCUCGAGUCAGACAUGCCGGAAGCUGAUAUCAAGGCCUACUUCGAGAAGUUUGGACCCGUUGAGAACGUGGAGCUGCCCUUUGACAAGGCAAAGAAUCAGAGGCGCCAGUUUGCGUUCGUGACGUUUGAGCGAGAAGACUCGGUGGAGCUGGUGUGCCGUGAGCCCAAGCAGAAGAUCGGCAACAAGGAGUGUGACAUCAAGAAGGCGACGCCCAAGCCCGACGCCAGAGGCAUGCGCGGGGGCUGGGGCGGCGGCGGCGGUGGCUUCUCCGGGGCACGCGGCGGGCGCGGGGGACGCGGAGGACGAGGGCGCGGAGGAGGUUAUCAGCAAGGCUGGGGCAACCAGGGUGGCUAUGGCGGCGGUGGCUAUGGUGGCGGCUAUGGCCAAGGUGGCUAUGGCCAGGGUGGCUACGGUGGCUAUGGUAACUACGACUAUGGUGGCAGUGGCUAUGGCGGAGGCUACGACUACUCCGGGUGGAACUAUGGCGGCGGCCAGGGGGGUUACGGAAGUGGUGGAUACGGCCAACAACAGAGUAACUACAAGGCGCGCCGCGGUGGGGGCGGUGGCGCAAGUGGUGGUGGCGGCGGCUACCACCCCUACAGUCGUUAAUGGGGGAAGCUAACGGACUCCCAUUGUGCACCUCUUGCUGUUUCUCAUACCCACAUUACUACGUGUCUUUCGAGCAUAAAAAUGACCUGUUUGAUUUGUUUUUAAGCAGCCGUGGUUAGCAUCAUUACUUCCUCUUGUCUCAUGUUCAGUGUGUCCCCCCUUCAUCGAAGAACGAGCAACAAAACACCAACUGAUCUGUACAUAGCAGUUUUUCUUUUUUUUUUUACUGUGGCAGUAAAAACGAUUUAGUCAUCCAAA